CCAUCGACACACAAUCGGAAAGCCGCAAGGAACUCGCAAGACACGAACCCGAACGAUACCGUACCAACUCGAGUAAACGGGGUCGAUUAAAUCACACAUUUGACAAAAUGGCAGCUCAAACAAAGCACGACUGGGCCGACGAUGAGGAUCUGGACGAGUCCAAGGACGAACUGCCGCCGCCGCAAAAGAUCCAGAACAAGGACGGCAGCACGACCAUCAUCGAGUACCGCUACAACGAGCUGAACCAAAAAGUCAAGACGACGCGGCGGAUCCGCUUCAUCACGCACCGCGAGGUCGUCAACCCGCGCGUCGCCGAGCGCAAGGCCUGGGCCAAGUUUGGCGCGAGCGCAAAGGACCCGGCCGGCCCCGUCACCGACACGACCAGCGUCGGCGAGAACAUCAUCUUCCGCCCCUCGGUCAACUGGCGCAAGGACGCAAAGGACGAGAGCAAGGACCCCAACGCCCAGGCCAUGAAGGACAAGCUCCGCGACAAGAAGGUCAAGUGCCGCAUCUGCAACGGCGAGCACUUUACCGCGCGCUGUCCCUUCAAGGACACCAUGGCGCCCAUUGGCGAGGCCGGAGCCGCCGACCCGGCCGCGGGCAUGGGCGACGACCUGCUCGCGCCGGGAGGGGCUGCCGGCGCCGCCGGCACCGCAGGCCCCGGAAAGAAGGGCUCCUACGUGCCCCCCGCGCUGCGUGGCGACCGUGCCGGCGCUGGCGCGGGCGACCGCAUGGGCGGCGGCAAAUACGGCGAGCGGGAUGACUUUGCUACGCUCAGGGUUACAAACGUUUCGGAGAUGGCGGAGGAGGGUGAGCUGCGGGAAAUGUUUGAACGCUUCGGCCGUGUUACCCGCGUUUUUCUUGCCAAGGACCGGGAUACAGGUCUGGCAAAGGGCUUUGCGUUCAUUAGUUUUGCCGACCGCAACGACGCGGUGAAGGCUUGCAACAAGAUGGACGGCUUCGGCUUUAGGCACCUGAUCCUGAGGGUAGAGUUUGCGAAAAAGGCUCAGUAAGCCAUGAGUGAGAGGGAAAAUGGUAUUCUGGGACAUGAAUGAUAUUAGAUUGGGACAUUCAAAUCGGCGGGUUUUGCGGGUUAGGGAUUGUAACGACCUCACUUAGAGACUGCCUGUUACGUACAUGGUCAGUUCUGGAAACGGCUGGGUUUGAGCACAAGAGAGCCUAUUGAUGGUGUGCCGAGGAAGGAGAAGCUCCUCCGUUCCAAGGCCAACUGGGGUAUUGUGAAAUGACCAGUCGAUGUUCUGUCUCUUCCGUCCAUCCUGAAUUAACCGGGGUACGAACUACAUUGAGAUGGUAGAGUUUGCACGCACCUAAUACACAGAAGCAUUGGUAAUGGUGAUAUCA